AUGGGAGUGACUUGUGUGUCCCAGAUGCCCGUGGCUGAGGGCAAGAGUGUCCAGCAGACUGUGGAGCUCCUCACCCGGAAAUUGGAGAUGCUUGGAGCAGAGAAACAAGGAACAUUUUGUGUGGACUGUGAGACCUACCACACAGCUGCCUCUACCCUGGGCAGCCAAGGUCAGGCCGGGAAGCUGAUGUAUGUGAUGCACAAUUCUGAGUACCCUUUGAGCUGCUUCGCCCUCUUUGAGAAUGGCCCUUGCCUGGUUGCUGACACCAACUUUGACGUGCUCAUGGUGAAACUCAAGGGCUUUUUCCAGAGUGCCAAGGCCAGCAAGAUCGAGACCCGGGGCACCCGUUACCAGUACUGUGACUUCCUAGUGAAGGUGGGCACGGUCACAAUGGGGCCCAGUGCCCGAGGCAUCUCCGUGGAGGUGGAGUAUGGCCCCUGUGUGGUAGCUAGCGACUGCUGGAGCCUGUUGCUGGAGUUCCUGCAGAGCUUUCUGGGCAGUCACACGCCAGGGGCGCCCGCAGUGUUCGGGAACAGACACGAUGCGGUCUACAGCCCAGCGGACACCAUGGUCCAGUACAUGGAACUCUUCAACAAGAUCCGCAAGCAGCAGCAGGUGCCGGUGGCGGGGAUUCGUUAG